AUGUCGGCUCGCAUCAACAUCGCUCGCCCAGCCUCUGGAGGCUACUCACCGGACCCGCACGGGUUCGCCAACUCACGGCCCUCGGCGGGCUACAGAGCUGCCAACCCGGACGACCCGAUUGAGAAGCUGCGCGCGUUCGCGCAGACGGUCGAGGAGAACGUCGACAUCUACACCCAGCCGCUCAAGCCGCACCUCCCCGCCAUCGGCCGCUUCUUAAUCGUCGGGACGUUCUUGGAGGACUCGCUGCGCAUCAUGACGCAAUGGAGCGACCAGAUCUGGUACCUCCAGAGACAUCGUCACUUCCCGUGGGGCAUCUCCCACAUCUUCCUGAUUUUGAACGUGGUUACGAUGCUCGUCGGUUCCGGCGCAGUGAUCACGAAGAGGUACACAGAGUACGCGGUCGGCGGUCUGCUUGGUGUCGUCGUCAUCCAGGCUCUCGGCUACGGCCUCAUCUUCGACCUCAACUUCUUCCUCCGCAACCUAUCCGUCAUCGGUGGCCUCCUCAUGGUCUUCUCUGACUCGAUGUACACCCGCAAGAAGCUCUUCGCCGGCCUGCCCACGCUCUCGGAGAACGACCGCAAGAAAUACUUCCUCCUCGCGGGACGUGUACUGCUCAUCUUCCUCUUCAUCGGCUUCAUCCUCCGCGGGACGUGGAGCAUCGCGCGUGUGUUCAUGUCGAUCGUCGGCCUCGCGGCGUGCAUCAUGGUUGCCGUCGGCUUCAAGGCGAAGUGGUCCGCCGCGUUCCUGGUCGUGAUGCUCAGCGUCUUCAACGUGUUCAUCAACAACUUCUGGAGCAUCCACUCGGCGCACCCCCAGCGCGACUUCCUCAAAUACGACUUCUUCCAGACUCUCUCAAUUGUCGGUGGGCUGAUCCUCCUCGUGAACAUGGGCCCCGGCGGGUUCUCAGUGGACGAGAAGAAGAAGACGUACUAA